AUGCUCGACAUCGUAGAGAUCCCAACCAAAGCGCUCUUCCUUGAGCGCACGUGCUGCUUGAAGCGGACGCCAAUGCCUGCGACAGCGUCAACCACCAUCAAGACCACUUGGUACUUUCUUUUGGUCGACGACGACAUCGAUCGCGCGGUGGCCGCCGCCGUCUUGUCGACGGCCCACGGGCAGUACGUGGCGCUGCACCAAAUCGCAUCGUUCCCGUCACUCCACGGGGAUCCACACUGCGUGGUCGCCUUUGCCAGCGGCUACGCACGGUCGCUUGGGCAUGUGCCAUCGCUCAACACCCCGCAGUGGCUGGACGGUAUGUACUUCAACAGCGAGCUCGAGAUCGACGGCAACUCGCUUUGGAGCCCUGACACAGGCAAGAACCACAACCGCUCGACGACCUUGUGCCGUGCCGAGAGCGAAGGCGUCACGAUGCAUCGAUAA